AUGAAGGCCCUCUUGCCACUGACCUUUCUGGUUUUUCUUAGUUCUCCAGGUUGGACAAAAGAUAGGCACUACUAUAUAGGAAUUAAAGAAACUACUUGGAACUAUGCUCCUACUGGUAAAAAUGUGCUGAAUGGGAAGCCUAUUUCAGAAGAUGAAGAGUCCCGGAUAUAUCUACAGCGUGGCCCAGAUAGAAUUGGACGAGUUUAUAAAAAGGCUUUGUAUUUCCAGUAUACUGAUGAUACAUUUAAAAAGAUCAUUAGGAAACCAUCUUGGUUGGGAUUUUUAGGUCCUAUAAUUAAAGCAGAGACUGGAGACUUGAUUUAUGUCCAUGUAAAAAAUUUUGCUUCAAGAAUGUAUAGUUUCCAUCCUCACGGGCUCACGUACUCUAAAGAAAAUGAAGGGGCUCUCUACCCUGACAAUACCACGGGCCCGCAGAAGGAAGAUGACCGCCUGGAGCCAGGGAGCCGCUACACUUACAAGUGGUUUGUACAUGGAAGGCAGGGGCCGGGCCCCAGUGACAGCAACUGUGUGACGCGGAUGUACCACUCCCACGUGGACACUCCCAGAGACGUGGCCUCAGGACUGAUCGGACCAAUUCUGACGUGUAAAAGAGGCACACUGGUGGGAGACACCGAAAAAAAUAUCGACAAGUUCUAUGUUCUGAUGUUCUCUCAUACUGAUGAAAACAAAAGCUGGUAUAUCGAUGACAAUAUUAACAUGUACACGGAACCUGGCCGAGUUAAUGCCAGUGACCAGAGCUUCAAGGAAAGCAAUAUUCUGGGCUCAAUUAACGGAUUCAUGUAUGGAAACCUACCCCGUCUCACCAUGUGUGCCGAGGACAGGGUCAAGUGGCAUUUUAUUGGCAUGGGUAACCUUUAUGACAUACACCCCAUCUAUCUCCACGGACAAACUCUGAUCUCUCGGAAUCACAGGAAGGACACCAUUACUGUCUUCCCGGCCUCGUUAGAAGAUGCCUUCAUGGUGGCCAAGGGCCCUGGAGAAUGGAUGCUGGGAUGUUCAAUAUACGAGAGCAUGCAUGCCUUUUUCCACGUAAGGGAUUGCGGGAAUCCUUCUGCAGAGGUUCCUGGGACCCGUGUCGUACGUUACUAUAUUGCCGCCGAGAAGACACUGUGGAACUAUGCUCCGUCUGGGACAGAUUUCUUCACCGAAAAGCCUUUAACGGCCAAUGGGAGUGAAUCCCAGCCGUAUUUUGAACAAGGUCCAACCAGAAUUGGAGGAACUUACCAGAAACUAGUUUACCGUGAAUACACAGAUGCUUCUUUCCAAACACAGAAGGCAAGAGAAAAGCACCUUGGAAUCCUUGGCCCGGUCAUCAAGGCAGAAGUGGGAGAUACCAUCCAGGUCACUUUCUGUAACAAAGGUCCCGUGCCGCUCAGCAUCCAGCCUCACGGACUACGUUACAGCAAAGACAACGAGGGCUCGUACUACAGAACACCCGGAGGCGGCGCCCCUCCAGCCUCCUCGCAUGUAAAUCCUGGCACGACAUUGGUCUAUACGUGGCAAGUGCCGAGAGAUGUGGGUCCCACCGCCACGGAUCCCGCCUGCCUGACCUGGUCAUACUACUCCUCGGUGAAUGGGUCGAAAGACUCCUUCAGCGGCCUUGUGGGGCCCCUCUUGGUGUGCAGAAAGGGGAGUCUCGGACAGGACGGCCAACAGAAGGGAAUAGACAAAGAGUUUUACCUACUUGUCACAGUAUUUGAUGAAAAUAAAAGUUAUCUCCUGGAUGAAAAUAUUAGAACAUUUACCACAGAACCUAAAAAUGUGGACAAAGAGGAUCAAGAUUUCCGAAACUCUAACUUGAUGUCCUCCAUGAACGGAUACAUGUACGGGAAUCUGCCAGGACUGGAGAUGUGCUUAGGCGACAACGUUUCAUGGCACGUUCUUAGUGUGGGGUUACAGGUUGACUUACAUGGACUGUAUUUUGCAGGAAAUACCUUCACUUCCACAGGAGAAAGACAGGACACAGUAGCUCUGUUCCCCCACACUUCCCAGACACUUUUAAUGACACCUGAUGCCACAGGGAAUUUUGAUGUGGUCUGUCUGACUUCAGAGCACUAUCAAGGAGGCAUGAAACAUAGGUACAACGUGAGGCAGUGUUCGAAGCCGCACCCCGACCCCCCGCAGUACCAGGAGAAGAUUAUGUACAUCGCCGCUGAGGAGGUGGUGUGGGAUUAUUCUCCCAGCAGGAAGUGGGAGCAAGAACUGAAACGUUCACAGAGAGAGGAGAAUGAAACAGACAUAUAUUUGGAUAAAACUGGGAUGUUUCUUGGGUCCAAAUAUAAGAAGGCCGUGUACCGUCAAUACGACGACAUCACGUUCACAAAGCAAACAAAAAGAAAUGGAGAUGAGCAGCAUCUGGAUAUACUAGGUCCUUUAAUAUUUGCCACUCCUGGCGAGAAAGUCCGAAUUAUCUUUAAAAACAAAGCCUCAAGACCAUAUUCUAUUUAUGCCCACGGAGUAAAAUCAGAGAAUUUCCCUAUCAUUCCAACACAGCCAGGAAACAUCCAAACAUAUAUUUGGCAGAUUCCUGAAAGAACCGGUCCUACCUCGAAGAGCUUUGAAUGCAUACCUUGGUUUUACUAUUCCACUGUGAACCCGGUGAAGGAUCUUAACAGCGGGCUGGUAGGCCCUUUGAUAGUGUGUCGCAGACACAGCAAACCUAGCAUCGUUCACCGUGUUCUCCACUUCAUGAUUUUUAAUGAGAACGAAUCCUGGUACUUUGAAGACAAUAUCAACACCUAUUCCCUAGACCCGAGCAAAGUAGACAGGAAGGAUAAGACUUUUGCCCUCAGCAACCAAAUGCACGCAAUUAACGGAAGACUGUUUGGAAAUAAUCAAGGUCUGACAUUUCACGUUGGUGACGAAGUGAAUUUUUAUCUUAUUGGCAUGGGGAGUAUGUUCGACCUGCACACAGUUCACAUUCAUGGCCACAGCUUUGAGUACACGGAUUCUGGACUGUUCCGCUCUGACGUUUAUGACCUUCCUCCUGGGGUCUACAAAACUGUGAAAAUGUACGCAAACGACGUGGGGACCUGGUUAUUUCAUUGCCACGUUAGUGGGCACAUUGCUUCUGGAAUGGAAAGCACCUACACUGUCGUGAAGUGA